AUGGGAAUGGGAACUAGCACCUUUGUUACUCGAUGGAUCAACUUUCUCACCAUGGUUUUGGCAAUGAUUGUGAUAAUAUUUGGGGUGUGGAUGAGUACUCGUCAUGAUGCUUGCAGAAAAUCUCUCACUAUACCUGUGCUAAGCAUUGGAGGAGUUAUUUUCUUAAUAUCCAUUGUUGGUUUUUUCGGUGCUAUGAAAAGAAGCUCUAUAUUGCUAUGGGUUUAUCUGAUCAUGCUGUUCUUCAUCUUGGUGGGAAUCUUAGUCUUCACAGUAUUGGUAUUCAUUGUGACUAAUAAUGGAUCAGGACAUAGUGUGUCUGGUUUGCGGUACAAGGAAUAUCACCUUCAAGAUUAUAGCUCUUGGUUUCUCAAAGAGUUAAACAAUUCUCAUAAUUGGAAACGAUUGAGGGUUUGUCUGGUCAAAACUGAAAACUGCAACAACCUAUCCAAAAAAUAUAAGACUCCGAAACAAUAUAAAUUAGCUAAGUUGAGUCCAAUUGAAUCUGGCUGCUGCCGACCGCCUUCUGAGUGUGGAUAUCCUGCUGUAAACGCAUCGUACUACGACUUGAGCUUUCAUCCAGUUAGUCCUAACCAUGACUGCAAGCGGUACAAAAAUUCUCGAGCUGUCAAAUGCUAUGAUUGUGAUUCUUGCAAGGCCGGCGUGGCACAAUACAUGAAAACUGAGUGGAGAGUUGUUGCGAUAUUCAAUGUCGUAUUAUUUGCUGUUUUGUCUAUCAUAUACUUUGUUGGAUGCUGCGCGAGACGAAGUGCUGCUAGGAGCCAAUCUAAGCAUUGA